GGUUAACAAAUUGCCGUAACAACAACCUGUUAUUCGCCACACCAUCAUCUCCUUCUUCUUCUCCUCCUCCUCCGCCAACUCAUCCCUGCCAAAUUUCUCCCAGCGCCGAAUCUCCUCUAGAAGCUUCUCGGGGCCAGCGGGGCCGGAGCUGCUCUGAUUCGCGGCGGCCCGGCGGCGAAUGCUCUACCUCAAGCUGCCGGCGGGGGAUUUGGGGUUCCGAGGGGACGACGCGGGGCGGUGAUCCCGUUCCGGACUGCGGCGGCAGGGCCCCAGGCGGCCCAGGCGGUUGAUCCGCCCGGCGUUCCCAUGGCGACGGCGAAGCCGCGGGAGGCGGAGGCGGCCUGCCUGCAGAGCUUCGAGCUCUACGAGAGCGAGUCGACGUUCUACAUUUUUGGAACUAAUUCUGACAAAACACUAUGGAGAUUACUCAAGAUCGAUAGAUCAGAAACACCAGAACUUGACAUAGACGAGUGUUCUACUGUCUAUACAGAAACUGAAUACCAGGAACUUUUAAAUGGUCUCGAUGAAGACCACAGGUCAACUGGAGGGGUAAAAUUUGUGACAAAAUUUUAUGGCAUCAUUGGUUUCGUUAAGUUCCUUGGGCCAUUUUACAUGUUAAUUAUCACCGAACAGAGAAAAAUUGGGGAGAUAUUUGAUCAUCCAGUGUACCAGGUGACUAAGACUUCAAUGGUUGAGCUAGCAAAUUCUAAAUCUCGAUCCAGUUUUCUAAGUUCCAAGGAUGAGAACAGAUACAAGAAGAUUUUGAACUCACUUGAUCUUAGAAAGGAUUUCUUUUUCUGUUACUCAUAUCCUAUCAUGAGAAGUCUUCAGAAGAAUUUAACUGAUCCUCAAGAAGGGUGGUUAUUAUAUGAGUCAACUUUCGUGUGGAAUGAGUUCCUUACACGCCGAAUACGCAAUUGUCUGAGAAGUACCCUGUGGACCGUUGCAUUAGUCUAUGGUUUUUUUAAGCAGGACAAAUUUGCUAUAUCUGGGAAGGACGUUAUGUUCACGCUAAUUGCUAGGCGCUCAAGACAUUAUGCUGGCACCAGAUAUUUAAAGAGGGGAGUGAAUAAGAAGGGCCGGGUAGCAAAUGAUGUUGAGACUGAGCAAAUUGUUUAUGAAGCUGUUUCUAGGCCUACAGAAGUAAGUUCUGUUGUGCAGAACAGGGGUUCGAUCCCACUAUUCUGGUCACAGGAUACAUCAAAGUUACAUAUUAAACCUGAUAUCACAUUGCAUGCUGAGAAGGACAAAAAUUAUGAAGCUACCAAGCUUCAUUUCGAAAAUCUUAGAAAAAGAUAUGGCAACCCUAUCAUUAUCUUAAACUUGAUUAAGACACGCGAAAGACGGGAGUCAAUACUUCGUCGGGAAUUUGAUAAGGCAAUAAGGAUCAUAAACGAAUUUGAUUCAGAGGAGAACCAUCUGCGGUUCUUACAUUGGGAUCUUCAUAAAAACUCUCAAGGGAAACCUACAAAUGUGCUUGAUGUUCUUUUGAAAGUGGCAUUUCGGGCUCUGAGCUUGACAGAGUUUUUCUAUUGUCAAGUUGCACCACCUUCAGAGUCUGAAACUGCUCACUGGCCUGCCCUAUUGAACAGCCACGAUCCAUAUUGCUGUGAUGAGAGCAAUAGUGACAUAUCCCAAGAAGAUAUUUCAGGCAGUUCUGAUUCCUCUGGCAAUGGAACUGCAGAAGACAAACCUGAAACCAGUGAAUUACCCCAACUAAAACCACCAAUAUUCCAAAAAGGUGUCUUACGGACAAACUGUAUAGACUGCUUGGAUCGUACAAAUGUUGCUCAGUAUGCAUAUGGUUUAGCUGCCCUUGGACAUCAGCUGCAUGCACUUGGUUGUGUAGAAUCCCCAGAACUUGGUUUAGGUGCUCCUUUGGCUCAUCAUUUAAUGCACUUCUAUGAGAGGAUGGGUGACACACUUGCUGUACAGUAUAGCGGGUCGGCUGCUCAUAAUAAGAUAUUCUCUGCAAAGAGGGGCCACUUGAAGCUUUUUAUACGAUCACAAGAGUUCUUCAGGACACUACAACGACACUAUAGCAAUGCCUGUAUAGAUGCUAACAAACAGGCAGCCAUAAACUUAUUUUUGGGGUACUUCCAACCGGAGCAAGGAAAUCCUGCACUCUGGGAGCUAGAAUCAUCUUCUGAGGAACAUAACAAUGAACCUUUGGAUCAUACAGGUGACAAUCCAAUACCAAAAGUGAAAUCAGAGGGCAGCCUUCUUUGUGUAAGCAAUGCAUCUAUAUCUGGCGGAAGUAAUGAAUUAUUGAAUGGAGCACAACCUGAUGCCAUUAAUGAGUUACAACCUUCAAACGUGGAGUCUGAUUUGGUGGACGAAAAUGAGAUUUCACAACCCUUUGAAAGUGAGGUGUCAAAUUCAAGAUAUACCCCAACAGUGUCUGAUAAUCAUAUACAUCAUGUCCCAGACAGUCAAUAUUAUUAUUGCAAUGGUUCGGGCGAUUCAAACUUCCUGGAUCCUGAAUGGCUUUCAAAUUCAGGCAAUUCAAGCGAUGAAAGGUCAAUUGCAAUUAGCUCGCCAGAUGCUCAACGUUCGACCGAGAAUGUCAUUAGUGCCAUAAUUCCUGAGACCAUGGAAAACCAAGUUGCUGAGGUUCAGGGUCAGAAGUUGCCCGAGCAUUUUGUGCAGUGGGUUAAUGAUGGUGACACUUUCUGGUUUUGAGACCACUAUGGUGUUGUGUCAUGCAUUCUUGGCCGCUUGGAGGAUCACACAAGACCUUUUCCAAAUAGUCACUUGACGGAUUGGAGUAGCAGAUUAAAUGGUGAGAAGAGACGGAUGGUUCAGCACUUCAGACGGGAGGGCCUUCUCACAGCAUUUCACCCACUCCACCUAAAAGGACAAGAGUGUUCACAACGGUUCAGAAAAAGAAAAAGAAAUAGAAAAUCGUUGCCUGUAAUUUGGGAGUGCUUCGGGAAGCACACAAUUCUGUUUAUUUGGUCGUUUGUACUAGGGGCGAGUAGAUAGGGUAAUCUUUUUCUUACAUAUUGAAAAGAAAAUAGUGGUAGAUACCGUAAUUGUUUUUCUUGAAAACUUUGUAUUAUUCAUGGGAGCAUCUCAUUUUUCUUUGUAAAUAUAUAUGCGGUUGAGGCGGGUUACAUAGUACAUUCUUUCUCUUGAUUUUUUUAAA